AUGGAGGAUUAUAACGCGGUCAAAGGUCACGCAGGCCAGGCAGGUCACGCAAACCAGGCAGGUCACGCAGACCAGGGAGGUCACGCAAACCAGGAAGGUCACGCAGACCAGGCAAUUCACGCAGGCCAGGCAGGUCACGCAGGUCAGCCAGGUCACACAGAUCAGGCAGGUCACGCAGGCCAGGCAGGUCACGCAGACCAGGCAGGUCACGCAGGCCAGGCAGGUCACGCAGGCCAGGCAGGUCACGCAGAUCAGGCAGGUCACGCAGGCCAGGCAGGUCACGCAGGCCAGGCAGGUCACGCAGGCCAGGCAGGUCACGCAGACCAGGCAGGUCACGCAGGCCAGGCAGGUCACACAGACCAGAGUCCAACGGCAGGUAGCGGCCAGGAAGGUAACACCAGCAGGUCACGCAAACCGCAGUACCGCCAGGCAGGCACCUGCCAGAGGUUCGCGAACAGCCCGGCAGGCGCCCAGUCAGGCAAGGUAUCGGGCCCGAAGGAACCCUGCAGUGUAACCCGCGGGAAGCGCCAUGAGGUGUCGGAAGCCCCGGGAAGCGCCAUGAGGUGUCGGAAGCCCCGGGAAGCGCCAUGA